AGACAGCAGCAGGCGAGCAAGCAACGGCAACGGCAACCUUUCUGCUUUCCUUUCUUUCUUUCCCAAUCAAUCAACCCAGAUAAAAAUCCAACCCAUCCUUCUCUCUUCUUGUCUUCCCCCAAAAUUUCCCCAAUCUCUCUCGCUUCUCUCCUCCUCCUCCUCCUCCUCCUCGCUCAAUUGGGUUAAAUCGAAUCCAAUCCCACCGGACUAGAGUAGAGCCGGCGAGAUACGACUCAGAUCCGUGUCGCGCGCGCGCAUGGAGAAGAAGCUGCUCUUCUCUUGUCGUGCUUGAGCCACGACUCUGCUUCCUGCUGCUGCUUCGUGUCCGGGGGCAGGAAGAUGCGCAUGCGGGUGCUGCCGGCCUUCACCUUCAGCACCGCCCCGCCGCCGCCUCCAUCGGAUCCUCCUCCUUCGGCUGCUCCGGCACCGCCGCCUCCUGCUACCUACGCGGUCUACCUCAACAUCUACGACAUCUCCCCCAUCAACAACUACCUCUACUGGUUCGGCCUCGGCAUCUUCCACUCCGCCGUACAAGUGCAUGGUAUGGAGUUUGGGUACGGAGCCCAUGAAUACGCGACCAGCGGAGUGUUCCAAGUAGAACCGAAAAGCUGUCCUGGUUUUAUCUUCAGGCGCUCCGUGUGUAUGGGUACCACCAAUAUGUCCCGGGCUGAAGUUCGCGCUUUCCUAGAGGAUCUUGCAGAGGAUUAUCAUGGGGACACCUAUCACUUGAUUGUCAAGAACUGUAACCAUUUCACAGCUGACGUCUGUAAGCGUUUGACCGGAAAGCCAACUCCUGGAUGGGUGAAUCGACUUGCCAGAUUAGGUUCCGUCUGCAACUGUGUUCUGCCUGAAAACAUCAAGGUUUCAGCGGUCAGAGAUGAAACUGCACACCUUGAAUUUUCCGAUGAUGAUUUGGAGUCGGACACAUCGAUCAUUGACAGCGACAUCGGUGAUCUAGAUCACCUCCUCACAACACCAAAUAGCGAUGUCGUACCCCCGAAAGACAAGACGUUAACUCCUGAAAGGGAUAGCUUGUAAUUGUUUCAGGUUAUUUAUGAACAGCAUUACCUGCUUCCGGGUUGUUUGCUGAGGAUCUUAGCCGUGGUGCUGAUGUCCUCUUGCCAAUGGCGGUGGCAGAUCCUGAUACUGAUCCGGUUGAAGUUGCUGCUAUAUAUAUGUUGAUGUAGAGAGCGGGGGUAGCGGGUGUGGUCUGUCUAAUUGUGGCGAAGGCCAAGUUAACCAACACGUGUGAGAUGGUUGCGUGCAUAGUUGAUUGUAACUUUUAAUUGUUUUUGACAAUAGAGUGCAGGUGUAUAGUGCUUGUGUAACUAGCUGUUGGAUUUAUUUGACAAGUGUUUUCUUGUGUAAGUACAAAAUGGCUUGACUUGAUGUUGUUUCCUUCAUUGAAAUUAAUGCAGCAUGUUUCUAAAUGUGCA